UGUAUUUCCGGCACAGUGCACAUACGGGGGUUACUUCCGGUUUCUACCACAGUAGCCGUUAGACAGUUUUUCAUUGAUACAGCGCACAACAUUCGCUACUUUGCCGUUUUAGUAUAUUUAUUUAUACAAUUACUCUAGGUUUGUUAAGUCACCAUGUCGGGAAUACCACCAGAUACCUGGCAGCCACCCACAGUAAGCCUGGAGACAACAAUGGGUACAAUUGCAGUGGAACUAUACUGGAGACAUGCUCCCAAAACCUGCAAAAACUUUUCUGAGUUGGCCAGGAGAGGUUACUAUAACAACACAAAGUUUCAUCGUAUCAUCAAGGACUUCAUGGUGCAGGGAGGAGACCCCACAGGAACAGGUCGUGGCGGUGCCUCCAUAUUUGGCAAAGAGUUUGAAGAUGAACUUCACCCUGACCUGAAAUUCACAGGUGCAGGGAUCCUAGCGAUGGCCAAUGCAGGACCAGAUACAAACGGAAGCCAGUUCUUCCUGACCCUGGGGCCUACUCAGUGGUUGGAUGGGAAGCACAGUAUCUUUGGGAGGGUAUGCCAAGGUAUGGCAGUGGUCAACCGCGUCGGCAUGGUGGAAACAAACACACAAGACCGACCUGCCGAUGACAUAAAAAUCCUCAGGACGACUGUACCCAACUGAGAUGCAUUCAUACAACCAAGGGCAGCAUUUUUUAUUUGUACAUUCAUUUUGUCAUGAUUUUUUUGUAAUAAAUGCCUUUGAAUUAA